UUGCUGCUGCAUUGUUCUCUAUCAUCAUCUAUUAUAGCAUGUAUUUAACAAUUGAAUUUAGCAGGGGGGUCCCAAUGAUAGGGAUGGUGCUGGUGGUGGGACAUUUGAGUUCCUUAGGCAUAACCAACAAGUUGUCGUCCUGUCUGUUUUCGCAUUUAAGUUUUUUAUUUUUUGUUUGUUCUGAUUUUCCUGAGAAAAUAUGUGGUUUUUGAACAUGGUGUUUCUUGACUGUAUAAUAGUGAUGGGUUUGUGCCAACCUACAUCUCUUGUGUCUCCAUUCAAUGUCAAGGUAGCUAAUCACUUGUACCAUUUAGCUUUUCAUAGGCAUCAAUAAUGGAGUCAAUGUACGCAUGAGCAGACACUUCUGAUGCUGCCCGUAUAUAAUUGUUUCUGGUUUAUUGUUUUUAUUUUGAUUUGAUACCUGUGAUCAGUUGUACUAGAACAGACCACCAUGGCACCAUGCUGUAUGGUGUGAUUAUCAACUUAUUGUAACUUCCAUAUCAUGUUUUCCUUUUUCGAGGCAGGACUUAAUGUUCACAUCGUUUUGGUAGACCGAAGUUUCCAUUUGCUAUCAUUGAGUUAUUUGAAUUGUUGAGCUAACACCGUUAUCUUCACACUAUUUUGCAGUUUUAGGAGCUUCGGGAAAUGGUUCAUUACUAACCCACAAAUAUUGCAGCCUAUGCUCCAGGAACUUAGCAAGCAGAAUCCUCAACUUGUAAGGUUGAUUCAGGAGAAUCAUGAUGAGUUUCUUCAGUUAAUAAAUGAGCCCUUUGAUGGUGCUGAUGGCUGUCUGUAUAUUCUUACCGGAAAGACGCUUCUCGCCGGCUUACGCAGGGAUACUCUGUUGCUUUGGUCCUGCGUUUGUUCGUCUCUUCACUGAGGCUGCUGGGUGUUGUUUCUUGGUCGCUCGUGCAUAUCAACCAAGGUUCUGCUCUGUUGGUUGUUGCUCCCCUGUGCAUACCGGUGAAGGUGAUUGUCGUUCACUUCACUGUGCUAUGGAACUCUCUGUUGUUUGGCUGUUUCUUUCUCUUUGUGUGCGCUGUGCCUGCCCAACUCUGUUUGUUUGCCUGUUAUGUGUGGACCCGUGGAACCGUACUGCUUUUCCUGCUCUGUUCCAUGAAAGGGGCCUGUGUGCUUAAGUCCAUGUCCUUUGUCCGUUUAAGCUGUUUACUUCGUUCGGAUGUGCUUGCGUUGCAGUGUUUCGAUGUUUGACCCAAUACAGUUCUACAUCUAUUUUUUGUUCGAGGUGUUCGCUGGUUAUUUCAUGCCUGUUGGAGAGGGCUAGGACCUAGCUACCUCUGAAAAUGAUACUUCUUUUUGGGUUCGCUUGGUGUUUUGGUCAGCGUUUUCUAAUGUCCUCCUGUGUUCAACAUCCACUUUUUUAUAUAAUCGUUCUCCCUUUUGUUUAAUUGAUGACCAAGACAUAUUGUUUCAGUACAUGGAGACCAGGACAUAACGUUUUAGUACAUGGAAGCUCCAUAUUUCAUGUUAUACAGCGAAAUGUUUUCAGGGUAGUCUUUUGGUUAUGUUUCAACAUCUUAAUAAUUUUUAGCCGUUUUUCCAACCGACAAUGGAACAUAUUUUUUAUAUAUGAUGAAUACAUGUACCAUCUGAAUAGCUUAAACAUUUUCCCGGUUAGCGAUGGAACAAUUCCUUCAUAUGUGAUAGUUUCAGACCGUGCGUUCAAUUUGUAGGCAAGGCUGGUGUCUCCUAUCUUGUUAGUUGCAGGAUUAAACUGACUGGCACGUCUGCACAUUUUAAGAUUUAGGUCAUGUACUAGAGUAUUUUGAGAAACGACUCUCAGGUCUUCGUGUGUGACAUGUUGUUAUUUUUGGCGUCUAUAUAUACAUAUGUGUUUCACGGUUGGA